AAGAAGAAGUGCCUCAGAAUAAAAAUGGCGGAGACUGGUAAACGUGAAGUUGAUUUUGCUGACAGAAAUGAAACUGAUACUGCUAAGGCCAAACGACUAAAGAAUGACCCGAAUAGUGACCAAGAUAAUCACAAUGAAUCAGCAUCUGCAAAUCCUUUGUUCGGAUUUAAAACAACAACGGUUCUGCGGGACUCUGCACGGGAGAAAAAUAUGUUCAUACACGGAAAGUUGAACGACCAGGAUGCGGUCAUCAUUCUGGAGAAGACCCCUAUCAGGGAAGACACCCUGUUGGAGAUUUUCAAUGGCUCCAGACUGAAAUUGGACAUGAGGAAUGAUAUCUACAGCACGUAUCAACUCCAACCCCCUGCUCAUUUGAAUGAGAUGAAGACCACAGUGGUGUGUCCGGCCACAGAGAAGCAUGUGAAGAAAUACCUGCGCCAGGAGACCUACUUGGUGCAGGAGACUGGGGAGGACUACCGCUCUAUCACCCUACCUUACAUUCAGAGUCAGAGCUUCAGUGUACAGUGGGUCUACAACAUCUUGGAGAAGAAAGCGGAGGCAGAGCGCAUCGUUUAUGAGGACCCAGACCAGGACGUCGGCUUUGUCCUGCUCCCAGACUUCAAGUGGGAUCAAAAGCAGUUGGAUGACUUGCAUUUGAUUGCCAUCGUUCAUCGAAGGGACAUCAAAAGUUUGCGAGACCUGACAGCGCUGCAUCUGCCAUUGCUGACUAACAUCCGCAAGAAGGGAGAGGAGAGCAUUCUGAAGCGGUACGCUGUGGCAGCCAGUAAGCUGAAGGUGUACCUCCACUACCAACCGUCCUACUACCACCUCCACAUCCACUUCAAUGCCCUGAGCUACGAGGCCCCGGGCUGCGGGGUGGAGCAUGCCCACCUGCUUUCGGACGUCAUCCAGAACCUCCAGGCAGACUCCCAGUACUACCACAGUCGCUCCCUCUCCUUCCCCCUGCGGGCUGACCAAGGCCUGCUCAGCAAGUUCAAGGAUGCUGGCAAGUUGUAGUGUCUAGACGCCCAAACACGACAAUACUACUAUGGAAGGACCUCAGAGGGAUGAACACGUUGGGAAUGGUGGUGGUUUGGAACUCUGGCCUUUUCACAAUUGAAUUUGCUAAAAUCCUGUAUCUUCUCUUCUCCGUCCUCUCUCGACCUCCUUUUUAAAAAGGUCAUGGAGAGGCAGCGAAGAGAGGUAAAUGUGGAUGAAAAUAUGCUUGUAUGAAAUUACUCCUCCACUCGCGUGUUGCAUGAAUGACGUUUACAGGGGUAAAUCUAAAAAUACAUGUGGUAAGUGAUAAAGACAAAGUUAGUUGUGCCAGACAUUUUAUAGAUAAAAUGAUAAGUAGCAUAUUGAUUUUCAACGUGUGCAUGCUUUUCUCCUCAGAAAAAACUAACGCUGAUUCAAAGCGGGUUUGGCAGAUUUCAGAACUCUUCCACGAAGGACUUGCAUGUUUAUCCUCGCCUAUUAACGAAUUGACAUCUCCUCAACCACUUAUCGGGUUCCUGGUCAUGGAGGAGAGAGGGUGGAGGACAGACUUUUUCCCAAAUGAGAAAAGGCCAUAAAUGUCCGUCACUUUGACAUUCACUUACAAACCAAAAAUCAGUAUUAGAAAAUAUUCAUGCAGAUUUUGUUUUCUAAUAAUUUAGCCAGAUACUAUACAUACAGUGCCUUCAGAAAGUAUUCAUACCCCUUGAUUUAUUCUACAUUUUGUUACAGCCUGAAUUCAAAAUUGAGAAAAGAAGUCUCACCCAUCUACACACAAUAGCCCAUAAUGACUAAGUGAAAACAGUUUUUUUUUUUAAACAACAUUUUUGCAAAUGUAUUUCAAAUGAAAUGCAUCUCAUUUAUAUACGUAUUCACACCGCUGAGUCAAUACAUGUUAGAAUCACCUUUGGCAGUGAUUAUAGCUGCGAGUCUUUCUGGGUACUUUUCCAAGAACUUUGCCCACUUGGAUCGUACAAUAUUUGCCCAUUAUUAUUUUCUGAAUUCUUCAACCUCAAGUUGGUUGUUGAUCAUUGCUUGACAACCAUUUAAGUCUUGCCAUAGAUUUUCAAGCAUAUUUAAGUGAAAACUAACUCAGCCACUCAAACAUUGUGUCUUGGUAAGAAACUGCAGUGUAGACUUGGCCCUGUGUUUUAGGUUAUUGUCCUGCUGAAAGGGGAAUUCACCUCCCAGUCUGGUGGAAAGCAGACAACCAGGUAUUCCUCUAGGAUUUUGCCUGUGCUUAGCUCCAUGAUGUUUUUAUUUUUUAUCCUGAAAAACACCCCACUCCUUAACGAUUACAAGAAUACCCAAAACAUGAUGAAUCCACCAAUAUGCUUGAAAAUAUUGAGAGUGGUACUCAGUAAUAUGUUUGGGGCAAAUCCAAUACAACACUUUAUAUUCUGGACAAAAAAUGAAUUGCUUUUCCACAUUUUUUGGCACUAUUACUUUAGUGUCUUGUUGCAAACAGGAUGUAUGUUUUUGGAAUAUUUUUCAUUCUGUACAGGCUUCCUUUUCACACUCAAUUAGGUUAGUAUUGUGGAGUAAAUACAAUGUUGUUGAUCCAUCCUCCCUGUUCUCUUAUCACAGCCAUUAAACUCUGUAACUGUUUUAAAGUCACUAUUGGCCUCAUGGUGAAAUCCCUGAGCGGUUUCCUUCCUCUCCGGCAACUGAGUUAGGAAGGACACCUGUAACUUUAGUGACUGCGUGUGUUGAUACACCAUCCAAAGUGUAAUUAUUAACUUCACUAUGCUCAAAGUAAUAUUUGAUGUCUUUUUUUUUACCCAUCUACCAAUAGGUUCCCUUCUUUGUGAGGCAUUGGAAAACCUCCCAGGUCUUUGUGGUUGAAUCUGUGUUUGAAAUUCACUGCUCGACUGAGGGACCUUACAAUUAUCUGUAUGUGUGAGGUACAGAGAUGUAGCCAUUCAAACAUCAUGUUAAACAUUUAUUGCACGGAGUGAGUCCAUGAAAUUUCUGUGACUUAAGCCAAAAAAAAUGCUCCUGAAAUUUAGGCUUCCCAUAACAAAGGAGUUGAAUACUUAUUGACUCAAGACAUUCAAGCUUUUAAUCUUUACCCCCCAAAAAUUAAAUUCAGGCUGUAACACAAUGUUGAAAAGUCAAGGGGUGUGAAUACUUUCUGAAAGCACUGUAUUUGUUUCUCUGUAGCCUAUAGAUUAUUUUGUCCUGAGGAUUGAGGAUUGAGGUUCAACUGUAGUUGUACUGUAUUGCCUUGGUGGAUUCAGAAUUUGCAGUUGCUCAUUUUUUGUUAAACUUUUUUAAAAUAUAUUUGUUGAACAGAAAUAAAGAAUUGUACAACCAUU